UUCUUGUGGGCGGAGCCACGGAUUCCGGUUCCGGGUGUUUUCAUCUGCCAGUCGGAGGUUUUCAGACCUCCGAUUAUGCUCUUUUAUCAGAAACUUCUCCCGACUGACGACUGAUUGAGGUAGAGUUUUCGUAGCCCAGAGAGCCCCCACUAAAGCCGCUGAACAUGACGACCCGCUCGGAGAGGGAGAAGGCCCAGAAGCUGAACGAGCAGCACCAGGCCAUCCUGUCCAAAAUGCUGCGGGAGGAAGACAACAAGUACUGCGCUGACUGCGAGGCGAAAGGUCCCAGGUGGGCGUCCUGGAACCUGGGGGUUUUCAUCUGCAUCCGGUGUGCAGGCAUCCACAGGAACCUGGGAGUACACAUAUCCCGGGUGAAGUCAGUCAACCUGGACCAAUGGACCUCAGAACAAAUCCAGAGUAUACAGGAUAUGGGUAACACCAAUGCUAGGCAGCUUUAUGAAGCCAACCUUCCAGACACCUUCAGAAGACCUCAAACAGACCAAGCAGUUGAAUUCUUCAUCAGGGAUAAAUACGAGAAGAAGAAAUACUACAGCAAGAGUGUGAUCAAUGGCAGUAGUCCAAAAGAUGGUAAGAAAGAAAAAGAGCCUGACAGAGGAAGCAAAGCUUCAUCUUAUACCAAGAGUGAAGAGUCAAGGCCCGUUCCUAAAAUCAGUCCUGUGAAGACCCCAGAACCCUCUGUGAAUUUACUAGGCCUUGACGCACCAGCUGCUGCUCUGACUAACAACGGUAGCACAAGCACAAGCCAGAACAACGACCUGGAUAUAUUCGGCCCCAUGGUUUCCAAUCCCCUUCCCUCUUCCACAUCCGCAGCUCAGUUUUCUCAGGUGAGCUCCAGUACCUCGGCCAGCACUCCAACACAAGCUCCAUCAGCAGGAGCAGUGGGAGGCGGGGCGAGCUCAGGAUCAGGCCAGGGAGACCUGGACCUGUUUAGUGAGGCCAGUAGUACCACUAAAACCGAGGACGGCGGCAAGAAGCCUCUGUCCAAGGACUCAAUCCUGUCCCUGUAUGGAACCAGCAGCAUGUCCCAGCAGGCCCCUGCAGCUGGAAUGUUCAUGGGCCCCUCUCAGAUGCAGUUUCCUGUCCCAGCCCCCGGUGGCUACCAGGCCUUUCCAGGCAUGGGCACGGCCAUGCCGCCCACCACCGUCAUGGGUGCCAUGAUGGCUCAGAGCGGCGCCGCCAUGAUGGGACCCAGUCCGGGCAUGAUGGUUGGCAUGACGAUGCCAAAUGGUUUCAUGGGGAACGCGCCUGCUGCUGGCAUGAUGGGCAUGGCGCCGAGGAUGGUGGGACCGCAGGGCGGGGCCAUGCCUGCAGGCAUGGUUCCCGCUCAGGGCUUGUACGCCAUCCAGCCGGGGCAGCAAGCUCAGUGGAGCAUGGGCCAGGUGAACCAGCAGAUGUCAGGGUUGACUCUGAACGGCACGGGGGGCCAGGUGGGCUUCGGUCAGCCCCCGUCAGCCAUGGGUGGCUGGGCAGCCACUGCGUCCGGUCAGACUUUGAGCACACAGCUGUGGAAGUGAGCAUCGCAGCGGGUCGGCGGGUGGGCAGAGUCGAGGCUGCAGGGAGUGGCAAAUAUACCGUGUGCUUCUCUGCACCUCACUAUGAACUGGUGCCCAUUAUCAUCACGGAUCAGCCUUGGAAACAUGACAAUUGUAUCUUUCUUUUUUCUCCUCCCUUUCUGUCUCUCUUUCUCUCUAUUGUGUGAGUGAAUUGGGAGUUAUACAUGAUUACAGCUUGCCAGUUUCUGCCUGUCGUAAGGGUUUUUGAUGAUAACUUUAAUUUUCCUUUUUUGGAAAAAUUGCAAGGAAACGGCAGUCCCAACAUCGACAUAUCAGUAAAGCUGCAGGACCAGUUACACAAGCUUUUAUUGUAUCUCUGUAUCAUUCUAAGAUUAUAGAACAUUUAAAUAAUAGUAUUUAAAGGGAGGAGAUAUGACGAUCAGCUCAGUCAGUACUGCUCCCAGAUGUACAGCUCUGUAUAACCUUUUAAAGUACUUGUGGUUCCCCUAUAAAAUUAAAGUGAUAAUAAAUGA